AUGCUCACCCUCGAGCUCGGCGUGGCGUUCGUGAUUACUCACGUGCAGAUGAACGACAUCCUCACGAUAGUGCAGGUAAACAUCCUCACGGUGGUGUUCGUCCUCCCCCGCGUGCAGGUUGACAUCCUUGCGAUGGUUUUCGUCCUGUCCCACGUGCAGGUGAACAUCCUCACG